CAGCUGAAUGGAGUAUUUUCUUUACGCGGUGCUCUGGGCACACUGCAAAAUGCGAAAAUAAAUAUCCAAAAUAAACGAACCAUCAAAAUAAUCCAACCAUGGACGAAGUGGACAAAAUAAUUAUGCACCAGCUGAACCAGGUGGACCCCGGCAUCGAUCCCACGGAGGAGUUAUCGGAGUUUACCCCGGAACAGGUGGUUCGUGCAGUUUCCGGCUGCCUGUCCGAGAUUCGUCCAGAACUGGAGCUGCCCCGUUCUUUGCCUGGAGGAGCCAUGGCCCAGCGGUUCGGAGUAGCCAGCUCCCUGGCGGAGGGCUGCAAGGAAUGUGGCUACAGGGGCGACAUCGGCUACCAGACAUUCCUUUAUCCCAAUGCCGUAGAGCUGCGACGGUUGCUGAUGUAUCUGAUUGAGCAACUGCCUCGCGAGCGCCUGGAAAAAGAGGAGGGAACCGGGAAACAGCAAUCCCUCAGCCACCGUGAGCUGCUGCAGCGUCGCAUCCGCAAGGAGCUGACUACCCAGUUGAAGACACCCUGGGUGCCGCAAUUCGCCCGGUCCGUGGGAAACAGAAAGUCCAUGGGUUGCAGCAGCCUUUGCAUUGAAUUCCGGCCACACGUAAAUCUCAGUGUUCCGUCCGCCGAUCCCGAGAAGCGGACCAAGGAGGAGCAGCAAUACUUCGACCAGCUGGCACCGAAUCUCUUCCAGCAGACUGCCUCCAGCUCGGUGGAUCUCAUCGCUUCGGUGCUGCACAAAAACGAACUGGAUCGGUGGGGUCGUGAAUUGCAGGACUCGGAUCUUUUGUUUGUGGAUAGUGAAGAGCCCACGCCCAUACUGAAUCCCAGUAAGAGCCAUCCAGAGAAAUCUUCUAGCGACGUGGAGGAUGUUGACCCUACCCAGGAGCUGAGCAAUCAAGUCCAAGAGCUUCAAAUACAAUGCGAAACCCUGUUGGCGGAGCGCAAGUCUCAUGCAGCUGCCUUGAGUGCCCUUAAGCUUCGGGAGAGUAAGGCUGCCGAGGAAAUAAACCGCAUCCAACCUCUGCUAAAAGCCCACGAACGGGCCUCUUUGGUUUUGGCGGAUCCCGAGGAGAACAUCGCCAAACUGGAGGCCUUACUCAAGUCCACUCAGGCGAAAAGACAAACACUCACUCAGCAGUGGCAGGAAUAUAGGAAGCCGCUUCUGGAAAACCUCGAGACUCUGAAGUCCGCCAAGGAAGCCCAGCAUGUCCAGGGCAUCCGCAGCAAUAUAGAACAGUUGGAAAAGGAGCUCCAAGAAAAGACUCAGCUGCACAACGAACUCAAUGCCGCCCUCAGAAACUCCAGCCAAUCUCUUGCGCCUCGCAAGGAAUACACUCGCAGGAUACACGAAUUUAUUGGCAACAUCCGGAAGCAGAGAGCGGAUAUCUUCAAAGUUCUCGACGAUACGCGACAGCUUCAGAAACAACUGAAUGUGGUGGGAGCCCAGCUGCAGCGACAGUUCAAUUAUACGGACGACCUGCUCUUCCAGAGCGCCAAGCACGAUCUCCAUGCCAAGAGGGCCUACAAACUGCUGGCCCAGCUGCAUUCCAAUUGCAGUGAGCUGGUGGAAUGUGUUUCGCUCACCGGGAAUGUCACCAAGCAGAUUCGGGAGCUGGAAGUCCAAAUCGAUGCGGAGAAGCUGAAGAAUGUGCUGACCAGCCUUCAGCAGAUUACGGGCGACAUCCAGAAGUUCGAGCAGCACAUCCAAGAGCUUCAGGCCCAGAUCCAGGCCGUGGAGCAGGCGAACCGCGGUAGUUAGAUGCUUGGAAGCUCAUGUGUACCAGUGCCAAUUGCAAUAAAGGAAUCCUUGCACGCGUAGCGUUUACUUUAGUAGCCAAAGGUGACGGUUUUCCUCGAUUGGUUGCCUUUAUGACAGCAUUAACUAGCAUUUAUUUAAAUACAAAUGUUAAAUUACAUUAAAGUUAAUGGAAAAUAUA